AAAUGCAGUGCAACUGAGAAACAACUGGCAGACACCCCUCCUUGACUCCAAGAAAAGGUUGCCUUCUUUGAACCCUGACGGUGGAAGCUCCUUAUUUGUGGGUGCAAAUGCCACAGAUAUUGGUGUCAGAAAACGACGCUGGAACUGCUCACAUGGACCAACCCUGCUUGGUAUCCUUGCUUCCCUGCAGUGAGCUCAAGGCGUAAAAUGUGGACUGCAUCCUCACAACAAUCCCAUGUGGUCAGAAUGAGAGCCUGACGAGUUGAAACUCAGCUGGCUGAAUGGAGAUUUGAACUCAGGUCUUUGCAUCCCUAUCCAAUGCAUCAACUGUUAUGCUGGGCACACUCAAAGCCUUUCUAAUUAGGCUUGUGGGACCAAAGACAGCACAACCCUUCUGGCCUUGAUUCACCCACAUCUAAGAAGAUGGAGAUGUUUAGUGGUUGAAGGACAAGGCAGAGCUGCAGAAACAGGAAGGAGGAGUUGGGGAGGAGGAAGCUGGAGAGGCUCAGUUAAAACUGAAAGUGAAGUCACUGGUCUCUAACUGCACGUUCUGACUUUUGCCUGCUGGGAUGAUGGCACUCCCUUUCCUAAAAGACCUGGACAAAUACAAGGAUCUUGAUGAAGACGAAAUCUUGGGGAAGUUAACGGAAGAAGAGUUGAAGCAACUGGAGACGGUGCUGGAUGACCUGGAUCCAGAGAACGCCUUGCUGCCAGCAGGAUUCCGGCAGAAGGACCAGACUGCCAAAAAGCCCUCUGGGCCUUUCGAUCGGGAGAAGCUCCUUUCCUUUUUGGAGAAACAAGCCUUGUCACUGAAAGAUGUGGAAGACUAUGUCCCAUACACGGGGGAAAAGAAAGGGAAAGUGUUUGUACCCAAACAGAAGCCAGUGCAGACGUACGUGGAAGAAAAAGUGGCUCUGGAUCCUGAACUGGAGGAAGCCUUGACAAGCGCGACAGACAGUGAACUCUGCGACCUCGCAGCGAUCCUUGGAAUGCACAACUUGAUCAGCAGCUCUCAGCUCCGUGAUCUGGUGGGAAGCGGCAGCAACGGGGUCAGCAGCGAAGGUUUCUCCAACAUUGUCAGAGGGGAAAGGAUGGUGCCCGUCUUUGAUGAGCCUCCCAAUCCAACAGAUGUGGAAGAGACUUUGAAGAGAAUUAGGGAGAAUGAUCCUCGUCUUGUUGAAGUUAAUCUGAACAACAUAAAGAAUAUUCCUAUUCCAACAUUGAAAGAAUUUGCCAAGGCACUGGAAACAAACACCUACGUGAAGAGCUUCAGCCUUGCAGCUACUCGGAGCAAUGACCCCGUGGCUGCCGCUUUUGCAGAGAUGCUGAGGGCAAACAGAACACUGAGGAGCCUCAACUUCGAAUCCAACUUCAUCACAGGGGUGGGCGUGCUGGCCCUGAUCGAUGCCCUCAAAGAGAACGAGGCCCUGACCGAGAUCAAAAUUGAUAACCAGAGGCAGCAGUUGGGAACACCGGUCGAAAUGGAGAUUGCAAAGAUGCUCGAGGAAAACAGCAAGAUCCUUAAAUUUGGAUAUCACUUCACACAACAGGGACCACGAGCCAGAGCAGCUGCCGCAAUUACAAAAAAUAAUGAUUUAGUCUGGCGCAUAGGAGUAAAAAUGUCUGCAAAUGCCCUUUCAUCUCUUCAGCCCUGAAGCUUUCGAGUUCGCAAGAGGAGAGUCGAAGGAGACCCCCAGUAAGUCUUCCCCUGCCAGACGUGCCUGGUUUGGAGAAUUGGAAAACUCCUCCAAGUGCCUCUGCUUUGCUUGGGCGUCAAAGACCCUGAGAUUUCCUCUUACCUGGGUAGAAGGGAAAAGACUGGAAGCGUCAUUCCUUCCCCUGUUCUUGUUUGUUGGUCUGAUUGUCUGUCUCUCUGUCUUUGUAAAGUUAUGUGGAUCUACCCAAUAUCCAACCUAUGUAAGCCUGAGAACCUGGUCAUCCCAUGACAGCCCCGACUGCUGCUGAAAACCCCGUUUUACUUCCAGAUAGGGGGCAAGUGUUUUCCCAAAAGAUAACUGCUAGAUGGGUGGGAUACGUGGACUAGCAGCAGAGCACCCGGUGCUAGUGGCGAAAGAGCAAAUGCUUUAAACCAGUUCCUGUGAGUUUCCAAACAGAAGACCUGGAGGUCCUUCCUGGGGCAUCAAGGCUUUUGGACAUUUUGAAAACAGUCUGUUAAUGGGGGGCGGGAGGGGGCGGGGGGAGAAGCGAGCAGGGGGAAUCCUACAAAGGACAUGGAUAGCUUACUUUGUCCCUCUUGCUUGUGCUGGAAGACUGUGGCAUGACGUCUCUGCUACGGCUGGUGCUCCUUCCUGGCGCAAACCCUGUGGCUCAUCCCCACGAGGACAGGCCCACAGAAUCGACAGACAUGUCCACGAGCCAUUCAGCCGGUGCCCCUCAGUGGGUCAGCUCUGGGCAGCAAAAGCGGUCACCCCCUUGGCUCAUGGUCUUAAGAUGCUGUGACCAUUUUUGUUGUACUUUCUUUAUACAGAGGUUCCGCUUGAAACGCCUCUCGGUAAGGGAGGGCGAUUCCACUUUCAAGGGCUGCUUGUGCCAUCUCUUACGUAACGUUACCUCUUCAAGGGAGCCUAAGCUGACUAAAAAGAGGAGGCGGGAGGAGCGUGAAGGCUUUGCAGGGGAGAGGGUUCGGUUGCCUUUCCCCCCCACCCCCCUGAAUGUACAACCUGUGGCAUUUCUGCCCUUUGUCCUCUUGUGUCUGAACUGGAUAUAUUUAUGGCCAUUUUGAAUCUCCUGCCUAGCCUGGGGCCUUGUGGGAAAUGCAGCUGGCCCAGGCUGUGGGAAAAAAGGCAGCUUCUUCAUAUUUGCACAGUUCCCCAAAAUGACUCUGCAUUGCAUGUCGGAAAAUCGAAAAGGUGGCUCUCUUUCCCAAACACCCAAGCCCUUCUGCCAAGUCAGUUCUAAGCCAGCGGAAAUGCCACUGGGUCCUUCUAAGGAGAAAGGCAGGGCAACGAUAUUUUAAACAAAUGUAUUAAUUAAGAGGAGGCCUGUCAAGGGCCAUUUUACCUAUGGCCCUUGAGUGCUAGAGUGAGACCUUACUCUGCCAUACCCGUGGCUACAGGGGGGAGGAAAACGAAGCCUUCCCUGCUUGUGCUGCCCCCUCCCCGGCCAUUGGAUCCUUCCAGCACCUGUUCCUGAGGACAAGCCCCCGAAACCCCGGAGGUGAGUUUAGUUGCCACUGAAAUGAGGUGCUUGUUUGGGUCACCUUCAUCCCCCAGCUCUUGUCCUCUCUCAGGGUAUGCAGAGGACGGUAGAGAGAUGAGGGGCAAGGGGAAAAAAACAGCUUGGAAGAAUCCCAUGUUUUGAUCACAGCCCUCCAAGUGGUCCCCCAAACUGGCCUCAGCGUCUUAUUGCCAGACUGGCCGGAGGGUGGGAGUGUUAUUGAACUCUUGCCCCAAAAAGCAACUUAUAUAAACUUUGCAAGCAGGGGUGCAGUAUUGCACCCAUUCUGUCUGUGGGACAGGCUCCUCAGGUCAGCUGCAAUUUCAUUUAAGUUCAGAGCUCCGUCUUCUGGGGCCGGGGGGGGGGCUGCAAACCCACAGGGGGCUUCCUGUGUCCUGUGAGAAAAGGAAAAUCGGUGUGAGGAGUCUGGAGGCUGGGGUGGACCUGGGAUGGCACAAUUUGAACCUCUGGUGGACAGGAAGGUUUUCAUCUUCAACGGGGUCUCUCCCAUUCCCUGUGUGCCUCUCUAGAGAGGCAGCCGAGGCCUGGCCCCUCUCGCUAAAGGAACAAAGAAGGAGCUGUUUUUAGUGACGUUUCCCAUCCCUGCAACCACCCCCAAAUUCCCCUUAGAGCACGGGAAGGCCCCUCAGGAGCAGAUGGAGGGAUGCAAGAGGUAUUAUGAGAAACGGCCUUCUUCCUUGUUCCACAGGUAGACAUCUUCCCUUGACAGAGUACCUGCAAACCAACACAGGCUUCGGUUUUUAAAAUGUAUACACAUAGGCCAUGGGGCAGCAGUUGCACUUCUGUGUUCUUUGUGCAUCCGGGUCUCGUUUGGAAUUGCUCUGCGGGGGCCAAUGGCUCCUGGUGAGCCUCUUUGAACCCAUGGUGCUCUACGAGCUUAAAACCAAAGCAUGUGAAGCCAGGGGGAGGGAGCCUCUGCCUAGUGUGACUAGGGCAGGGUUUCCCCUCUCUUCAGGGUGGCUGCAGUUAGGCCUCCCCUGUGAGGAGGACUGAGCACAGCCAGGUGGGAAAUGGCUCUCCAUGCCUGCAGGGCCGAAUAGGUUUCCAAUGUUGCUGCUUUCCAAAGCAAUUGAUGGAAGUUCCUGCCCCCGCCCUCUGUCGUCAGGUGGGGAAUCUUCUUCAGCCACUGGGCAGGUUGUGUCUGUUUAAUCAGGUGAAAUUCCGGACUUGUUGGUGCUACAGCUUGCAGGAUGCAAAUUCCAGUCAAAGGUGAACAGAUUCAGGUGAAAAGCUCUUUUAUUCUCUAAACUCAGGUGAGAAAGCAUGUGCCCCUCCAGCUGCUCUUGAAUUGCAGCAACCACCCACCCAAAAUAGCUGAGGAUGAGGAUGACUGGAGGUGCAGUCCAGGCACAUCUGGAGAGCCACGCAUUCUUCAGCCCUGCUGUACAGCCGGGGAUGACCGUGCUGUAGGGGACAGUUUCCCCAGUCCUUGCCCGUCAGCCCUUCUGGCUGGGGUUUGCAAGUGUCCCAGCAUCGGAAGGACACCAGUCUGUUCUUGCCUGCUCAGGACGUAGCUAUCAGCCUCAGGCGACCUGGACACUGGACCAAACCUACAAUGAGCCAUCCUUGUGGGUUGGUGGCCAGUUUGCCAAAAUUCCAACGAUGCCAGGGCAAACGGUUUGAGUUUGUUAAAAUAUGCACUUAUCCCCAUAGUUAACCUCGUUCUGUCCUCGUGCUUUGUGGGCUGUCUUUAGAUUCCAUCCGUAAGACCUCAAUAGAACAUUUACACAUUAUACAACAAAUUAAUGUGCUCAUACUUACACUGUUUACAAAUAUUAUCUUCUCUUACUAUUUUUGAUAACAAAUAAUGCUGUGUGUGGGCUGCAAAUUGAGGGAGUCAGUUCUGGUCUGUUGAAGAAGCAGGAGUGGUAAUGUAUUGGCAUUCCAGCACUCUAUGCUGUCAUUAUUGUAAUAAAAUAUCCAAAAGGCA